AGAAAUGCCUAUAUGAUUGCAGCCGGGGUCAUUGGUGGGAUUUACAUUCUUUGUGCUACCAUUCUGUCUCUAGGCGUGCGGGAAAGGCAAGAGUCUUCUGAACUUCAGUUGGCUGAGCCGGUUUCCUUCUUCGAGGGUUUGAAGCUGGUUAUGAAACAUGGACCCUACAUCAAGCUGAUUGCUGCUUUCCUGUUCACCUCCCUCGCUUUCAUGCUGUUGGAAGGAAACUUUGCCUUGUUCUGCACUUAUACCUUGGGGUUCCGAAACGAGUUCCAGAACAUUCUGCUCGCCAUCAUGCUCUCAGCCACCCUGACCAUCCCUUUCUGGCAGUGGUUCCUUAUACGUUUUGGGAAGAAAACGGCUGUUUACAUUGGCAUCUCGUCUGCCACUCCUUUUCUCAUCUCGGUGGCGAUUUUUGAAAGUAACCUCAUUAUGACCUACGUGGUGGCUGUUGCAGCUGGAAUGAGCGUCGCCGCUGCUUUCCUCUUGCCAUGGUCUAUGUUGCCAGAUGUUGUGGACGACUUCAACCUCCAGCAUCCGGAUUGCAGAGGCCAUGAAGCUAUUUUCUUCUCUUUCUAUGUCUUCUUCACCAAGUUCGCUUCUGGAGUGUCACUGGGGAUCUCCACGCUCAGUUUAGACUUUGCAGGAUACAAGACUCGAGGCUGCUCCCAACCGGAGGAGGUGAACCUGACUUUGAAAAUGCUCGUCUCUGCUGCCCCGGUGGCUUUGAUUGUCUUUGGCCUGCUCCUUUUUAAGCUCUACCCCAUUGAUGAGGACAGGCGGAAAAAAAACAAGAAAGCGCUGCAAGAUUUAAGAGAGGAAGAGAGCAGCAGUAGCACCGAGACAGAUUCUACAGAAUUAGCCAGUAUUGUUUGACCUUACCUUGUCUUGGUUUACCCCCUGGGAAUCCUCUAAACAUGGGGCCACCAUGACAUCUACUGUGAAAACUUCCUUCCAUGGGAGAGCUCUUGUGAAGCCUUAAAGACUGCUCUGGAAAUCAAAUAUUGAUCGACGUUGUGCCUUAAGUGGGAUCCAUGGAUCAUCGAUUGUCAAACAUACUUUACCUUUUGGUACUCCAGUAAGAUACCUCUAAGGAGAACAAGCAUCAUCUCAGUGUGACUUUUGCCAGAAUCAGUUUGAAACACUCUGUUGCGUUGUGAUAUCUUUUAAACAUAUGCUAUUUAUCACUAAUCCACCCACUGAAUGGUGCAAAUCUCUAAAGUACUGUUAAGUAUAUUUUGGUAUGUUUUUUUCCUAUUCAAUAUUGUGUUAUAUAUUAUAUUAUCAUGGAUCCAGAUGGUGCUUUUUUGGUGUAUAUUACACCUGUGGCCUGACCUUGUCAAAAUAUGACCUUGUACUGUUUUUUUCUGUAAAUAAGAUGCAACUAAUGAACGAUUCUGUGAUGUUCCUGUUUAUAUAUAAGUAUAAAUAUAUAUAUGUAUGUA